AUGGAAGGCCGGGGUGGCGAUGAUUUAAUGAUUCUAUCGGAAGGUUUAAGUGAACAAUCAGAAUCAGUGAUCUCGAAAUGGAGAUGGCGGCCCGAGGCAGCUGAUAGGAACAUCGAAGAGUGGAAGCUGCGAAGGAGUCCACAAGGGCUUCGGCCUCGGACCAGCUCCGACACAUGGCCCGGCCGACCUCGCUGGGGGCCGGCCGGGCCUCUAGAACAGUUCGUCACCGAGGGCCUGUGUCAUCGAUGUGGUGGUGAUUACAGUUACAGAGGUGCUCUUAAAGUGAACGUAGACAGUUCGGAGUAUACGGGUUACAAGUAUUACUAUAACAAGCCUGGCUAUCGAGUGAGGGCCAGGUCCUACGAGGACGCCAGGUUCAUUCAUAUCAACUUCCUCCUGCUGGCUGAGAUGAGACAUUUUGAAUCGGAUCUACAAUCAGAGAUAGAGACUCAUCGCGAUGUGUACGCGUCCCUCACUGGCACGGGCCGGCGUCUGCUGGGCUCGUUGUCAUCCCAGGAGGAUGCUGUCAUGCUGCAGAGGAGACUGGACGAGAUGAACCAGAGGUGGCACCACCUUAAAGCGAAGAGCAUGGCCAUCAGGUGA